AUGGAGAACUUCACUCUCCCAUGCAAAUCAAACCCUCUAAUUCCCAUAAUACCCUCCAAACCAGGACGACCCACCACCAAGCCCACUCUCACCUUCUCCAACAAACCCCGCCAAAACCCACCCCUAGUUCAAAACCUCCACCUCCUCUGCAAGACCGGCCAGCUCGCCGACGCCGUCGCCGUCCUCGACUCCAUCGCCCAAACCGGCUCCAAGCUCCCCGCCGCCACUUACAUGAACCUCCUCCAGUCCUGCAUCGACUCCAACUCCAUCCAUCUCGGCCGGAAGCUCCAUCGCGUCAUCCACGCCGUCGAUGACGUCACCCCCUUCGUGGAGACCAAGCUGGUGAGCAUGUACGCCAAAUGCGGGUGUUUAGAAGACGCGCGCAAGGUGUUCGACGAAAUGCGCGAGAGGAAUCUGUACACGUGGUCGGCUAUGAUCGGCGCGUGCUUGAGAGAGCGCCGGUGGGGUGAGGUGGUGGAGCUUUUCGCGCUGAUGGUGAGAGAUGGAGUGUUGCCGGAUUGGUUUCUGGUUCCGAAAGUGCUGCAGGCGUGUGGGAACUGCGGGGAUUUCGCGGCGGCGAGGAUGGUGCAUUCCAUGGUGGUGAGAAGUGGUUUGAUUGGUAAUUUGCGUGUGAGUAAUGCGUUGCUGGCGGUUUAUGCGAAAUGUGGGGAGUUGGAGUCGGCGAGGAGGUUUUUCGACAAGAUGGAGGUGAGGGAUGGGGUGAGUUGGAACAGCAUUGUGUCUGGUUAUUGCCAGAAUGGUGACAAUGUGGAAGCUCGGAGGCUGAUUGAUGAGAUGAUCAGACAGGGGAUUGAACCGGGGUUGGUUACUUGGAAUAUAUUGAUUUCGAGUUGUAACAAGUCGGGGCAGUGUGAUGUUGCCAUGGAGCUGAUGAAGAAGAUGGAGAGUUGUGGGAUCAUUCCUGAUGUGUAUACUUGGACUGCUAUGAUUUCGGGGUUUGCUCAAAACAACAGGACGAAUCAGGCAUUGGAUUUGUGGAAGAAGAUGAUUUUGUUAGGGGUGCUGCCGAAUGGCAUUACCAUUGCUAGUGCAAUCUUGGCUUGCACGUCGUUGAAAUCACUGACCAAAGGUUUGGAAGUUUAUGCUUUUGCGGUCAAGAUUGGUCUCACUGAUGAUGUGCUUGUUGGAAAUUCCCUCAUUGACAUGUUCUCCAAGUGCGGGGACCUGGAAGCUGCUGAGCAAGUCUUCAAUGUGAUGUCGGAGAAAGAUGUGUAUUCUUGGAACUCCAUGAUAGGGGGAUAUUGUCAAGCUAGGUACUGUGGUAAGGCCUAUGAACUGUUCAUGAAGAUGCAGGAAUCAGAUGUGCGUCCUAAUGCCAUCACGUAUAAUGUCAUGAUCACCGGGUACAUUCAGAAUGGAGAUGCGGAUCAAGCCAUGGAUCUCUUCCAAAUGAUGGAACGAGAUGGGAAAGUUAAGCGGAAUACAGCAUCUUGGAACUCUCUUAUUGCGGGUUAUGCUCAACUUGGGGAAAUAAAUGAAGCACUUAGGAUAUUCAGGAAGAUGCAGACCUUCGGUGUUAGCCCGAAUGCAGUUACUUUGUUGAGUAUUCUGCCCGCUUGUGCUAGUUUAGCUGCCAUGAAGAAGGUGAAAGAGAUCCAUGGUAGUGUUUUUAGAAGAAAUUUGGAGUUUGAACUCCCUGUCGCAAAUUCUCUAAUAGACACCUAUGCAAAAUCAGGAAACAUAGAGUAUUCAAGAACCAUUUUCGACAGAAUGGCAUCCAAAGAUAUUAUCACCUGGAACUCAGCAAUAUCUGGCUAUGUUUUACAUGGUCAUCCAGAUGUUGCACUUGAUCUUUUUGACCGGAUGAAACAGUUGGGGCUGAAACCCAACAGAGGUACCUUUGCUGCUGUUCUAUAUGCCUAUAGUCUUGCUAAAAUGGUAAACGAGGGGAUAGAAGCUCUUUCUAGCAUUAGUGAAGAGUAUCAAAUAAUACCAGGUCCAGAACAUUAUUCAGCUAUCGUGGAUCUAUAUGGACGUUCGGGUAGGCUUCAAGAAGCAGUGGAGUUUAUUGAAGAUAUGCCAAUAGAACCAGACUCCUCUGUUUGGGCUGCCUUACUCACAGCAUGCAGGAAUCAUGGGAACCUUAGCUUGGCAAUUCAUGCAGGGGAGCGCUUAAUUGACCUGGAACAAGGGAAUGUUCUAAUUCAACAGUUUGUGUUACAGGCAUAUGCUUUAUCUGGGAAGCCAGAUGAUACCUCAAAAUUGAGAAGGCUUGGAAAAGAGAAUGCAACAAUAAAGAGAUCUCUUGGUCAGUGCUGGAUGCUUGUCAACAACACUGUUCAUACGUUUAUUUCAGGUGAUAGGUCGAAAUUAUGCUCAAAGUAUGUAAACUCGUGGUUACAAGACAUAGCAGAAAAGGCAAAUGGACCUGAUUUUCGUUGUGGGCUUGCUGUUGAAGAAGAAGAGGAGGGGAUUAGCAUGGUCCACUGUGAAAAACUUGCACUUGCUUUUGCCCUCAUCGGCUCACAAUCUGUACCCAAAAGGGAUAGGGUUUUGGUGAAGGGAUCUUCCUGUGUUCUGAAGGAAGAAACAGCUGAGGUGCCUUCUGCUGAGAAAACUAAGAAGGAAGUCGCUCUGACAAAAACUGUUGACAUGGUUCGUAGUGAGGAAAGCGUUGAUGCUCAAUCAGUGGAUAGAAGUGAGAAUUAUCAAUUAUGA